AGACCUGAGUAAUUUAUUCAGUGCAGUUUGUGGUGCAUCUUUGGUGAAAAUGAAUUUAACUAAACAUUUGUUGCUUUUCCUUUUGCUUUCUAACGUGAUUGUGGCGAAUUGUCAUUUGGAAAAAAGGGACGUGCACAGAAUCAUCAUCCAAGAAGAAAGUCGAAGACCCAAAAGACACAAACACCGUUACGAGAAACAACCCAAAAAUCACAGUUUUGAAAAUUUUAGCGUGGAGAGUUAUGAGAGUAUCAAAGACGAGAGUGGUGAAGAUUUUAAACGUAAUGAAAGGAAGAAAAAUCCAAUUGAAAUUUUGGUGCCCCCAUGGUCCGAAAACGUGGAUAAUUUCCCAGAUUUUACAUUCAAUCAAAAAUUCGUUGAUUUGACGCAAUAUCCUAUAGGAAAUUUCAAGUUGGUCGCAAUACCUGAAAGUACUUACGAAGUUCGGGAAAAUCUGAAUGAAGGUGGGGGUUUCCACCAUCAAGUUUUUAGUGUUUUCACCACGCCACCGUCGAGUUUUCUUAAUAAACCGCUCGCUGACGAUGGAAAUGAAAAAAGGACUUCCAAUAGAGGGCGUAAAAGGAAGCCCACUACUCGGCAAAGAAGCAAGAAAGUAUAUUGAAUAAGUUGUGAAAAAUAACAUUGUGAAUAUUUUGGAUAAAUUUUGAAUGUGUUAUUUUAUAACAACGCAUCAGAAAACAGCUUUUUCAAUAAAAAAAAUAACUCUAAAUGUUUAAACAUAUGAUGUUAAUACCUCAA